AGCAUUUGAACCAUUUGAGUUUGGUGUUUGGUCACCGUCACCGCAUAAUAUGAAGUUUUCAAGGUCGUCUGAUGGCUUUACCUGAGGUUGUAUAUAUUGAUGCUUCGGAAAAUGGUUGUGACUUAAGAACAUUGCUGGAUAACUUGUCUACAGUAUGUGAUUCAAAGUUUGAGCUCAAAAUCGAUUGCAAAUACUACUCGGCUGAUAUAAUUAUUCGAUCGUUAGAUAAAUUAUGUGCUCUUAAUAAAUCACCGGAUUUUAUCAAUGUCCACGGAGUUAUCAUUUGCUUUUCUGGGGAUAAGGUUUCUAGUUGGAAUGAUGCUCUUAAACUGAUGAGCUUGGCUAUUAGUCAUGACGUAUCCAUACGGAUGCUAGUGUGCCAUACUGUUAGUCCGUCUAUUUUGUUUCCUUCUGAAUCAGAUGCUUUUUCGGUUAUGACACGCAUUAUUCUGGAUCAUGAGUUUGAGCUUGUUGAAAUUUCUCCAAAUGAAGAUACUAUUGAAGAAGGCGAAGAAUUUGGAGUAAAACGAAUAACAUCUAUAUUGGAAACACAUAUUUGGCCAAAUAUGAAGCCUAAAGGUCAAAAUAAUUUAAACCGCUUGAAAUCCAUUGAAAGCAAAUCUUUAACUAAUGAAAAUAAUUUAGAUUUAAUAAAUAAUUUAUCCAAUAAUAUAAACAAAGUAAAUUUAAAUGAUAAUAAACAUUUCGAUUCAUUAUUCAAUGAUGAAAAUGAAUUUGAAGAAUUUUUUAAGGAUUUACCAAGAAUACGUGAUGAAAUAGCUUCAUUGAAUUCUACAGAUAGACAUAAUAUGGCUGAAAAAAUAACAUGUAAAAUUUGGAAAGCUAUUGGGGGUUCCGAGGAAGAGAUUGCUGGUUUACAUUCAGAUUCUGAAUAAUCUUUUGUUUUCUUCUGAGGAAGAAAAAUAAUUGAGAACAAUUCAGUGCUUGCUUUGCUUGUGUUCAGUUAUAUUUAUAAUGAUUAUUACAUGUUAUUGUGAAAGUAAUCAAGUAUUGAUUAGAAUUAUGUAGUGUAACCAUGUUUUUUUUCUCGGUAAUUUCUUGUUGUUUAUUUUACUUUUGCCUACCGAUUCUCUAUCAUUUCGUUUCGAACUUUUAAUGAUGUUAUUUUUUCACACUGUGAAUUCAUCCGUUCUUAUUUUUAAUUUUUUUUUUUGGGAGGGGGUACUUCUCACUUUUCCAUUCCAUUUUUGUGUAUUCAGCAGAAAUAAAGUCAAAUAAUUGCAUAUACAAUUUAUUCCUAGAUGGUAUAAUGUUGAGUUUUUCUUCUUCUAAUAAGUUGUAAAUUUGUAUUUUCCAGUUGAAUACAUUAAUGUUUUCCAUUAAGGAUUAAUUUUGAACUUAUUAUAUAAUGACAAAAACCAGCUUUGUUUAUGAAUAUAUAGUCAAGUAUUGAAAUCUCAUAA